ACUCAGCGAAAAUGAGACCAAAUAUUGUUUCUGAGGCGGGAUUACAGACAAGGAUGGGACAGUGGUGGGAAGGAAUUCCUAUCCUUACAUCUGCAGUAGUGGUUGUUUGUGGGAUAAUAUACUUGGUUUGCCUUCUGGUUGGGUAUGACUCAUUUGCUGAAGUAUGCUUCUUGCCAUCUGCUGUAAUUUCUCGAUUUCAAGUUUACAGGAUUUUUACCUCAAUUCUGUUUCAUGGUUCUCUACUGCAUGUUCUGUUUAAUAUGUUAGCUUUGGUCCCUUUGGGUUCAGAGCUGGAGAGGAUUAUGGGAUCAGUGCGCCUGUUAUAUAUAAUUGUUCUGUUGGCCGUUAGCAAUGCCUUACUCCAUCUUCUUAUAGCAUUGUUGGUUGCCCAUAAUCCCCUUCAUCCCUAUCCAUACUUUAUGGACGAGUGUGCUAUAGGUUUCUCAGGGAUCUUAUUUUCAAUGAUUGUGAUGGAGACAAGUCUAAGUGGGGUCCAAACUAGAAGUGUGUUUGGGCUUUUUAAUGUGCCUGCUAAAUGGUAUGCAUUGAUCUUACUGGUGGUAUUUCAGCUUGUUAUGACUAAUGUCUCCUUACUUGGACAUCUUUGUGGUAUUUUAUCUGGAUUUGCAUAUACAUAUGGAUUGUUCAAUGUCUUAAUACCUGGGACUUCUUUCUUCUCGGCUAUUGAAUCUUCCACUUGGCUAUCAACUUGUGUGAGGAGACCAAAGUUUAUUAUGUGCACUGGUGGUAAUGGUGCCGGAUACCUACCCACACAUUCAAAUCAAACAGUGACCUCCAGAAGUGGAGUGCUUUCUGGAAAUAUUUGGGAGAACCUUUCUUCGUGGAUGCCACAGAGAGAGAGCUCUCUCUCUGCUCAGCCAGUGACAGAUGAUAGCAGGUUUCCUGGGAGAGGAAGAACUCUGAGUUCCCAGACCACCACCGGAAAUCAUGAUUCAACAUUACAGUCUAGGCUCCUGGAUGGUAGCAGCAGCCCUGAGCGUAGUUCACCUACAGCUACAAUAGGUGGAGAGCGGAGCUUAGCUGGAAGACUAUCAGCAGUAGAUACUACCGCCACAGCUACCAGACCGCUAGGACAGCAGGCUUCCAUUCCCUCAGAUGAAGAAGUUCAGAAACUUGUUGCAAUGGGCUUUGAGAAGACACAAGUAGAAGUUGCAUUAUCAGCAGCUGAAGGGGACUUGAAUGUUGCUGUGGAAAUUUUAAUGAGCCAACAGGGUUAAUAUGAAAUGCUAUCAUCAGAUAUACAUCAACAUUUGACUCAAAAAGCCGAGGCUCUGCAAAACUAGUAAUCUAAUUCCUCGAGCCCUGGUUGUUUUCCUCUUCUUCUUUUUGUUGUAUAUAUUCUUACAGCAAAUUUACACAAUUCUUAGAGAGAAGGAAGACCUUAGUGUGUGAUUUACGCCUAAUCCACAUAAAACAGAGAUGAAUUGUACAUCUACCUUCAUGAUUUUAGAUGCUGCAAUAUCAAUGAAUCAUUUUAUAUUUUCUUAUCCUA